ACAACAAUAACACUGCUUUAUUGCUCCAAUUAUUAACAAAUCCAAGUGUUUUACAACAAACACUUGCAACUAUUACACAAAGCCAGCAACAAAGUUCGUCUAUGCCUGAAACUACUUUGCCA